GGUGUAGUAUCCCAUGGUGCUUGGCGCGAGGGGCCCCACCCAGCGCUGUCAAAGUUGACGUGUGUGGUACAGCAUUCCCGUCCAUGGGCCCAGCUCAACCUGCCCGGGACAUCGCUGCCCUGCUCACAAACACACCAGGUUUUCACCCAGGAUAGGGGAGCACAGACACGGGAGAACCCGCUCUACCCGUGUACGGAACCGCUUGAGCGCUGGCAGGCUGGUUGCUGGUUGUUUGGCGAAACCUUUCCGAGAGCUGGCUGGACCUGGGCUGAAGGGUUUUGGUCUGCAGCCCCGCGCAGACGGUGGAAACCAUGCCCAUGAUGGGGUGUUGGGGCCAAAGGAAGAGCGAGGAAACAAAGGAUCUGGAGAAGAAGCAGAAAAAGGCCAAUCGGAGGAUAGAUGAGCAGCUAAAGAAGGACAAACAAGUCUACAGAGCGACACACCGACUGCUCUUGCUCGGUGCUGGUGAGUCAGGAAAGAGUACCAUCGUCAAACAGAUGAAAAUUCUGCACCAAAACAGCUUCGAUGAACAGGAGAGGCGUCAGAAAAUCGCAGACAUCAAAAAGAAUAUUCGAGAUGCCAUAAUAACAAUCACCGGCGCCAUGAGCACGUUAACGCCUCCUGUACCUUUGGCUGACUACACUUUGCAGGCUCGGGUGGACUACAUCCAAGAUGUGGCCACUCAGCCCGAGUUUUCGUAUCCCCCGGAAUUCUAUGAGCAUACAGAACUCCUGUGGAAGGAUGGUGGCGUGCAGGCCUGCUAUGAGAGGUCCAACGAGUAUCAGCUCAUCGACUGUGCACAGUAUUUCCUGGAUAGGGUCCAUUUAGUCAAGCAGCCAGACUAUGAACCAACAGAUCAGGACAUUCUACGGUGUCGUGUGUUAACCUCGGGUAUCUUUGAAACCAAGUUCGAAGUUUGUGAAGUAAAGUUUCACAUGUUUGAUGUAGGAGGUCAAAGGGAUGAAAGAAGGAAAUGGAUUCAGUGUUUCAAUGAUGUAACAGCGAUAAUCUUCGUGGUGGCUUGCAGUAGUUACAACAUGGUGUUGCGGGAAGACCCCAGCCAGAAUCGCCUUAGGGAAGCCCUAGACCUUUUCAAGAGCAUUUGGAAUAACAGAUGGCUGAGAACAAUCUCUGUCAUCCUAUUCCUGAACAAGCAAGAUCUUUUGAAACAGAAAGUGAUGGCUGGCAAGUCAAAACUGGAAGACUACUUCCACGAAUUUGCCCGGUAUACAACACCUUCAGAUGCCCAACAUGAGCCAGGCGAUGAUCCAGAAGUAACGAGGGCCAAAUACUUCAUUCGAGAUGAGUUUUUGCGGAUUAGCACAGCAAGUGGGGAUGGGAAGCAUUACUGCUAUCCACACUUCACAUGUGCUGUGGACACAGAAAACAUCCGUCGUGUCUUCAAUGAUUGCAGAGAUAUCAUCCAGAGGAUGCACCUACGGCAGUACGAGCUGUUGUGAUUGGUCGUGCAGCUCGUGUCACCUUGUGCCGGGGAAAGAGAGGUUGCAAUUUUCCCACGAUGCAAUUCCUGAGUGGAGUAUAUAAUUGAGAGGUGUAAAUGUAUGCUAUGAAGACAGAUUUUACCAAUUAUAUGUAAAGACAAGAAAAUUUUUAAUUUCCUAGAGUUGAGACUAUCGUGAACAAGAACAUGAACUCCCUUGUCAGAGGAUCUGAAACUUCACUUGUAGUCGUUUGGUUUGUUUGUGUAUACACAUAAGCUAAAUAUACUGUAAAAUUGUGAUACCUUUCCACAGUAUCAGCCUUUUCCAUAUAACAGUGGAUAAGCAGACAUGUCAGAUAUAUUUCCUUUUCUUGUAAUCGUCAUUCCAAGUCACUACAGUGACUGUCCAAAAGGUCAUAGAGGCAGUUGUAUUUUGGUGAGUUAGGAAAGGGGAUUACCUUGUUGCCAACCUGAUCGAUUUGGGAUGACCA